GUCGAUGUUUGAAUGUUUGUUUGUGGUUGUUUUGGAAUACUGUAAAGUGCACAGAACAAGAGUAACAUAAUAUUUGUGGUAGUGUUUACUUAAAAAAUAAGGGAAAUAAUGGAAUUGGAAAAUAUAAAUCCCCACGUCUACAAAAAAAUAAGCGAUCGUCCUAUUUUGCCUGAAGAAGAAGAUAACGAUGUGGAGGACGAGUUUGAUUCAAGAGAAAUUUUUGACUUAAUUCGCACAAUAAAUGAUCCCGAACAUCCCCUAACUCUGGAAGAACUGCAUGUUGUUGAAAACUCAUUAAUUGAUGUCGACAAUCAAAAUAACACGAUAAAAGUUUUGUACACACCAACAAUUCCGCAUUGUAGUAUGGCGACACUAAUCGGAUUGUCGAUCAGAGUCAAACUAUUGCGAUGUUUACCGUCGCGUUUUAAGGUGCACGUUGAAAUAAAUCCAGGAACGCAUGCAUCCGAACAUGCGGUUAACAAACAACUUGCAGAUAAAGAACGAGUUGCAGCGGCACUGGAAAAUACGCACUUAAUAAAAGUGAUAAAUCAGUGCAUUGUUAACAAAGUAAGCUAGAUUUUAAGAUGUCAAAAUUGUACAUAAGACUUUAUUAAACAAAUAUUACAGAUUA